ACAACUAUAUAUAUAGAUAUAUUACGCUUAAAGAGACAUAUCGUCAAAACAUGAUCAAAACAAAACGACCCGUUUGCGUUGUUAAGGCAAAAUAAACACGUACAUUUCUUGUAGUCGUCAAAUUCUCAUUCAGAGUCGACAUGAUUUAUCAAAACACGACAUGGAAAUACCAUUGUAUAAUAAACAAUGAUGUUACUUCCGUUUUGUUCAUUAUGAUAAUGGUGCAUUUACAGUGAAUAGUAUUGGUUUUAUUAACCAAAAGGAUCUUUUUUAAGGAACACAGGGGCACGUUACGACUCCUAUGUUUUGAGACGUUUGGCAAUUUGUAUAACAAUGGCCGUUCUAUGUCUGGAAAGAGGAUAUAAAUCGUGUGUGGUUGAUAUAAAAUACUCAACUACAGUUAAGUAUGGAACUUAAGGACAGUUUCCUGUUGGUUGCCGCCAUUGAUUUUGGAACUACAUACAGUGGUUACGCCUAUUCUACUCGACAUGAUUUCGAAACUGAUCCCCUGAAUAUAAAUUUAAUGACAUGGAGUGCGGGAUCUGGGGGACUCGCGUCUCAAAAAACAUCCACCUGUGUUCUAUUUAAGCCAGAUCAGACAUUUCAUUCCUUUGGGUAUGCUGCUGAAGAUUUUUAUAAUGAGCUGGUAUUGGAUGAUGACCAUAGAGGCUGGUAUUUCUUUCGCCGCUUCAAGAUGGAUCUGUACAAAAAUCAAAUUAACAGAGCUCAGAUGUUGAAAACAUCAGAUGGAAAGGUAAUGUUAGCAAUCACGGUUAUAUCAGCUGUGAUAGCCUACCUGAAGGGUCACUUGAUGCAAAAGAUAAAAGAUCGUGGAGCCGAUGUUCCAGAGUCAGAAAUCAGAUGGGUAGUCACUGUACCCGCUAUAUGGACUGACCCGGCCAAACAGAUGAUGCGAGAGGCAGCCGAAAAGGCUGGAAUUGCGAAAAAUCAGUUAAUCCUAGCGCUAGAACCCGAGACUGCAUCGAUGCUUUGUAAACACCUUCCUGCAGUUCAUCUUCUCUCAGGAGACCGCACGGACAAAAUUGAAACAUUUCGAUCUGGAUCAAAAUACAUGGUUUUCGAUGCUGGGGGUGGUACCAUCGAUAUCACUGUACAUGAAGUGCUGAAGGGAGGAUUUCUGAAAGAAAUUCACGCAGCUAAUGGCGGUGACUGGGGAGGGAAAAAGGUGGACGAAGCUUUAGAGGAAUUACUUGAAAGUAUUAUCGGGAAGGCUGCGGUUGAACACUUCAGGGCUAAUGAGAUACCGAGUGUCAUAGACCUGCACAGGAAUUUUGAGGUAAAAAAGAAGACCUUCACAGGCGAUGAUAUUGGAACGAAAACAUCGUUAACCGUCUCCUGUUCGCUUCUAGAAUCAUUCAAAGAGUACAAUCCAGGAAAAUCUAUAACUGACGCUAUUGAAGAGAAUCACUGUUCAACAGACGUGGAAUGGAAGCGGGACAAAUUGCGACUUUCCCAAAAGAAAACACUAUCUUUGUUUGAACAAUCGUUCAAGCACAUCACCGAUCACAUGUCCGAUAUCCUCAGCAAACCGGAAGUUAAGGAUUGUGAGGCUAUCCUGAUGGUGGGUGGAUACUCCGAAUGUCUACUUCUCCAGGACGCCAUCAGAACCGUCGCCGGAGACAUCCGUCUGAUCGUCCCUAGUGACGCGAGCCUGGCCGUAAUGAAGGGAGCCGUGAUCAACGGACACUGUCCAGACACUGUGUCAGAGCGGGUAUGUAAAUACACAUACGGAAUUGGUUGCAGGAUGGUUUUUAAAGAAGGAGUUCACAGAGAAGAUUACCGUGUAAUAAAUGAAAGAGGGGUAGUAAGGUGUGAAAAUUGUUUUUCAUCAUUUGUCGAAAAGGGCACACACAUAAAGAUUGGUACAUCUUCGUUUUCUGAUAUGUUCACUGUGGGUACCUCAGGUCAAACAGGUUUGUGUCUAGAACUGUAUGCCUCAACGUCUGUUAACCCAUUGUAUAUCACAGAGGCAAGUUGCCAGAAGAUAGGAGCAAUCACGAUGGAUAUGCCUGAUACAUCGUUGGGUCUUGACAGAGGAGCAUGUGUAACCGUGUAUUUCGGGGGAUCAGAGGUCGAACUCAAAGCCGUUGACAAACAUACUGGAAAUGAGAUACGAGCCUGUUUUGAUUUUCUCGGAUAGUAUGUUACAGGUUAGAAUUUAUAAAAUAGUAAAUAUUACUAGGUAAUACAGGAAUUUAUUCUGUUGGUAUUAAUUAAAAUUAGGAUGAAUGUAAUUGUUUUAAAUUCUAUUAUAUAGUCAAACCACCUUCAUGUAUAUACGCGUCGUUUUUUGUGUGUGUUACGUGUUACGUAUUAGUCAUUAAGUAUGCAUUUUAUAACACAUGACAGUAGACUGACCAAUGACUAGUCUUAGGGUGUGACCUUUGGCAUUUUUUACCUUGGUGCCUGGCAAUUUCACCAGGGCACUUCUACCCGUGUAUUUGACAAAGAUACACGUGUUGCAAAAUGCUUUUACAUUACCUAUACCUGUAUAUCGAGAACCUUUACACCAUAGCUGUAGGGUAAAUUAUUUUUUGUUAAACAGAAUAUUAUUUAAAUACUCUAGCUU